GAAAACUCAUUAAAGUUGUGUAUGUUAGGUUGGAAGUGAUUCAGGAGGUUGGAGCAUCACCAACAGCUUUGUCUCACAGAAUGAGGACUCAGGCGAAACAAUAGCUUUCUUAUUUGGAGACAUGGGAGCGGCAACACCAUACUCAACCUUUCUUCGCACACAAGAUGAAAGCAUAUCAACUAUGAAGUGGAUCAGCCGUGACAUUGAAGCUCUUGGUGACAAACCAUCUUUUGUUUCACAUAUUGGAGAUAUCAGCUAUGCGAGAGGAUAUUCAUGGCUGUGGGACACCUUUUUCGCUCAGAUUGAACCUGUUGCCUCGAAAGUCCCCUACCAUGUCUGCAUCGGUAAUCAUGAAUACGAUUGGCCUCACCAGCCUUGGAAACCAGACUGGUCCUACUCUGUAUAUGGGAAAGAUGGUGGCGGUGAAUGUGGUGUGCCCUACAGUCUCAGAUUCAACAUGCCUGGGAACUCUUCAGAAGUGACUGGAACCCGUGCCCCUGCCACUCGUAACCUUUACUACUCAUUUGAUUUUGGGUCAGUGCAUUUUGUGUAUAUAUCAACGGAAACCAAUUUUCUUGCUGGGAGCAGCCAAUAUAACUUUAUAAAGCAUGAUUUGGAGUCAGUUGAUAGGAAAAAGACCCCUUUCGUGGUUGUCCAAGGGCACAGGCCAAUGUACACAACAAGCAAUGAAAACAGGGAUGCCCCAUUUAGGGAGAGACUACAAGAGCACCUGGAACCUCUGUUUGUGAAGAAUAAGGUGACCCUUGCAUUGUGGGGUCAUGUCCAUAGAUAUGAGAGAUUUUGUCCUAUAAAUAACUUCACUUGUGGGAGCAUGGGCUUGAAUGGGGAGGAUUCAGAGGGAUUUCCUGUGCAUAUUGUGAUUGGAAUGGCAGGACAAGACUGGCAACCCAUCUGGGAACCAAGAGCAGACCACCCUAAUGACCCAAUAUUCCCACAGCCGGGGCGGUCUUUGUACCGAGGAGGUGAGUUUGGAUACACUAGACUGGUUGCCACCAAGGAGAAACUCAUAUUUUCUUAUGUGGGUAACCAUGAUGGGGAGGUACAUGAUAUGGUGGAGAUUCUGGCAUCGGGACAUGUUCUCAAUGGUGGUGGAAGCAGUGAUGAUGGUUCUACAGCUAGUAGUACGAUGAUGGAGUCAACGUUUUCAUGGUAUGUGAAAGGAGCAAGUGUACUUGUGCUCGGGGCUUUUGUGGGAUAUGUCAUUGGAUACAUAUCACAUGCCAGGAGAGGAGCUGCCUCUGGAAAUAAUUGGACUCCCGUGAAGAAUGAGGAAAUUUGAGUUUCAGACUGCACUUCAAAGCAAGUACAUGGGAAAAAAUGCUUGGAAUCACACACUUUAUUUCCAUGUUGCAAACUACGCACUCAAUACAGUGAAAUUAUUCAACUUUGAGCGAGCUAGGUGGGCUGGAAUGCUUUUUAAUCAUAACCUUAAUUUACUAUACAUGUAAACUCCCCAAAAGUUUUUGUAAAUAUGCUUGUAUUGUUGCAAUGUAAGUGAAUGGAAGAAGCAUUGGUGGUUAAUGUUAGAUUAUGCAUGUGUUUAAGCAUUGGUA